AUGCCUGGACUGAAACGCUCGGCCUGCGGGUGUGCGUGCUCGUGUGGUAGCGGCAAUAGCGGGCCGCGCAAGACGACGGCGUAUAUCGCUUUGGGGAGCAAUAUGGGUGACCGCGUUGCAGAGAUUGAGCGUGCUUGCAACGAGAUGGACCGUCGAGGCAUCAAGGUCAAGAGGACUAGUAGUCUUUGGGAGACGGAGCCCAUGUAUGUGACGGACCAGGACCGCUUCGUCAAUGGAGCUUGCGAGGUUGAGACCGAGUUGGAGCCCAUGGCUCUGCUCGAUCAACUACAAGCCAUUGAGAAUGAAAUGGGUAGAAAAAAGGUCAUAGACAAGGGCCCACGCAACAUUGACCUAGACAUUCUCCUAUACGGUGACGAAAUGGUCGACAAUGAGCGGCUCAGGGUUCCUCACAUCGGCAUCCUGGAGAGGGAGUUUGUCCUCAGACCCCUGGCCGAGCUCAUCCCCGCAAAGUCAUUGGACCCCUCCAAGCCGUGGAAGCUCAUCCAGGACCAUUUGAACGAGUUGCCUCUUGGCGAGCCUCUGUCGUCCAUGACACCCCUCUCACCGUCUUCGAGUCCCCUGACACCACUCGCGCGCAAGAGAAAGACGCAUAUCAUGGGGAUUCUCAACUUGACGCCCGACUCGUUUUCUGACGGCGGGGUGCAUGCUCAGGAUAGUAUCGCUCAGACGGUCAUCAACAUGGUUAGGGACGGCACGUCUAUUAUCGAUGUCGGCGGCCAGUCUACUGCGCCUGGCCGACCCGAGGUUUCAGCUGACGAGGAGAUAUCCCGCGUGGUGCCGGCAGUGCAGCUCAUCCGUUCCAUCCCAGAGGCUCGCGAUGUAGUCAUCAGUAUCGACACGUAUCGGGCGUCGGUAGCUGAGCAGGCGAUAGCCAGCGGUGCAGACAUGAUCAACGAUGUAUCAGCCGGUGUGCUCGACGCCGAUAUGCUCCCGACUGUGGCCCGGCUCGACAAGACCAUCUGUCUGAUGCACAUGCGCGGGACGCCGCAGACCAUGACGGAGCUCACAUCGUACCCGGACGGACUUAUCCCAACGGUGGCGUCGGAGCUCCUUUCACGGGUGGCGGCGGCCGAGGCGGCGGGGAUCCGGCGGUGGCGGAUAGUCCUCGACCCGGGCAUCGGCUUCGCCAAGACUGCAUCACAGAACCUCGAGUUACUCCGACGUCUCGAGGAGCUGAGAUACUGGCCUGGUCUCGAGGGUCUGCCGUGGCUAGUAGGAUCAAGCCGCAAGGCCUUUGUCGGGAGGAUCACGGGAGUGACGGAGCCGGCUCGACGGACGUGGGGCACGGCGGCUACGGUGGCCGCGGCGGUGCAGGGCGGGGCCGACGUGGUGAGGGUGCACGACACGGCCGAGAUGGGGGCAGUAGCCAAGAUGUCGGAUGCAAUCUGGAGGUUUUGA